UAUGUUCUUGUUACCAAUAGUUACUAUUUUUGUGUGAGAUUUUUAAAUUGUUUUCAUUUUUUAUUCCAUUUUUUUUUUUGGAAACUCAUUUGUAAUUUUUUUGAUUGUUUCACAUUUGAUUGGUUUAAUUUGAUCAUGGAGAAUGAUGAUAAAGCUUCCGAACUUCUUAAUAAUCUAAUGAAAGAAGUAACUGAGAAACAAUGGGAAACCUUUAAGAAAACAUGGAGAACGAGUGACAUGGUUAUCAGUGAGGUGAUGAGUGAAGAUGAUGGAACCGAUGAAAGUGAAAAUGAAGAUGCCUCUUGUAUUGAAAAUUCCAACUCUACAUUGGACAAUAACCAUGAGAAAAGUGAACCUUUUGUGGAUUCGGUUGUUCCAAUUGAUGAUGAACUAUUAACUGUUCGUUAUAUUGAUAAUCAAAUUUCAUUCGAUGAGUUGGCUGAUGUCAUGGAAAAACGGGAUUUUCAAAGGAAAUUCACUGCAUCAAUUCAACUUAAUCAAGAGGAAUUAGAAUCAGAUGAUGCUCAAAGUGAUCCUGAGUGGAUCAGCGAUGGAUCAAAUAAACGUAAAGGUCGACGUAAAGAAUCAGGCCGAAAAGGAGCAAGACGGAGUAAACUACCUCGAGAUUUACUGGGCCUGGUUGGUGAGGCCAAUCUUUGUUUCGCUCGUGGAAGUCACCAAGACGCUAUCGCCAUGUGUUCAGAGGUAAUUCGUCAGGCACCAACUGCCCCUGAACCUUUUCAAACUCUUGGAAUGCUCUAUGAAGAGAUGGGCCAAAUCGAGAAAGCUUUUCAAUAUAAUCUAAUUGCUGCUUAUCUUUGUCCCUCCGAUGGUGAACAUUGGAUCAAAGUAGCUGACAUGGCAAUAGAACAGGGUAACAAUAUCCAAGCAAUUAAAUGUCUUAACAAAGCAAUCAAAGUUAAUCCAAGUAAUUUUGAAAUUCGACUACAAAGAUGUCAACUUUAUGAGAAAAUGGGUGAUCUUAAAAAAGCUCUCGAUGGUUACACUGGUCUUCUCGGGGAAUUGAAAGCUCGAGAUGGGGAAUUCGCCAUGAUGCUUGCUAAAGAAAUUGCUAAAAUCUAUUAUAAUGCUGAAGAUUUAAAUUCUAGUUUAAAUGUAAUGGAAACUACUUUCUCGAAAUUCCAAGAUUUCGUAACUUGCGAAGAUGUUAAUCUAUAUUUAGAAUUGUUGAUAGCGAAAAAAAAUUAUGGUAAAACGUUGGAAAUUUUCCGUGAAUUUUGUGGCAUCAAAUUGGAAGCCGAAGGUGAAGAGAUAACUACCAUUGACUCUGACAACUGGUCUAAAUUUUUCUGCGAACGUGUUGAAGUCAAAUUACCGUUUGAAGUAUUACCCGUUGACCUGAGAGCAAAAUUAGUAAUUAGUUUAAUCAAUUUAAAGUGCAUGUUUUCAGUGAAAAGUUUAAUCAGAGGAAUAACAAUCGGAAGUGCCGAGAAAAUGAGUGACCUUUAUUUGGACAUUGCGGAUGCCUACACGGGAGUUGGUCUGCAUCGAGAAGCUGAGCCAUUAUUAGCCGCUUUAAUCAUGAGUAAAGCGAGACACAAUUCUCAAGUUUGGCUUAAAUAUGCUCGUUGUUUACGUCAACUCGAAAAAUGUGAAGAGUCCAUUCGAGCUUAUCGUGAAGUAAUUCGUUCAUCACCCGAAGAUCAUGAAGCGAAACUUGAACUAACCGAUCUCCUUAUCAAAAUUGGUCGACCUCAAGACGCAACCAAUGUUUCCGAUCAAGAUAAUGCCGCUAUAGUUAAUCUGGAGCUUCUUAAACUUCGAUGUGACCUAUUGUACAAUCAAGAAAUGUGGAAAGAUUUCGUUCAUGCGGCCAAAUUACUUCUCAGUAAUGAGAUGGAAUUUGUUGACACUGAACGAGAAUUAAUGAUUAUGGCAACAUCAUGUUCUCUAUCUAGACGCUUGGAAAAUCUUCGAGAUGCUCAAAAAGAAAUGGACAUUUCCAGUAGAAGGGAAGCCGAUCUUGAUUUCGUCGGUGAAGGUUUAGACUUUAAGGACUUUAUCAAUAUUUAUCUAAAAUUAUGUCGAGUAAUUCACGAAAAACUAAAUGAUCGAGAAGAUCUGAUUCGAACUGCACUGUCUUCAUACUCUUCCGUUUUCAGUGAAGGCGAAUAUGCAAAGCAUAUAGAUUAUUAUGCUCUUUUAGCUCUGUUCGAGGUUCGAGAUGAUAAGUACAUCUAUUCAUUAUCUAAAAAUAUUCUAUCAAAGGAUAUGCGAAAUAAGCAAGUGUGGAAUCUUUUUGGUGCAAUAAUUAACUUAAUCUAUCAAGAUUUGCGACACAACCGAUUUUGUUUACGACAUUUCAUUAAAUUCCCCGAUAUAACAGCUCUCGCUUAUUUCAAUGGUCACAAUGCUUUAAUUAGUGGCAGUUAUAAACAUGCUUUAGGUGAAUAUGUAAAUUUACACAAAGAAAACCCGAAAGAUCCUUUCGCUAUCUUAUGUGUCGCUAUUGGAUUUCUACAUAUCGCCUGUCAAAAAUUCACUUCGAAUCGUCAUUCGGCUUUUAUGCAGAUGUGCGCCUUCCUCAAUCUUUACCUCGAAACUCGUGGUGAAUGUCAAGAAAGUCUUUAUAAUAUCGGUCGAUCUUUUCAUCAACUUGGUCUUUUAAACGAAGCGAUUCAUUUCUAUGAACGAGCUUUAAAUUGUUCAAUUGACAUGGAUUUCAAUUCACCCGUUGAAAAGACUCGUUUUAAUCUUAAUUGUGAGAUAUCCUUCAAUCUAUCGUUAAUCUACCGGGCAAGUGGAUCACCUGAAUUGGCCCGACGUUAUCUUUGUAAAUACUUCGUUGUCUGAACAAUUAAGCAGCAAGCGACUUCUAAUCUAAUCAGAUUAGCAUUAAUUUAAUCACCAUCAACAUCAUUAUGUAAAUUUUAUUUUCCAUCAAAUGAUUUUCAUCAAUUUCAUCUUGUGUAAAAAUUUUCGUUAUAUCAACACCUAUGUUUGUUUCUAAUGAUUCUAAUCACAAUUAUAAUUGUACCAAUUGAUGUAAUCAUUUUUCAACUCUAAUCAAAAAUUUAACCGCAAGGUACAAAAAAAAAUAAUCAACAACAAUUAAUUGUAUGUUAAAGCCCAUGAACACAAUUAACUUUAUAUCUCUUUGUAAAUUUCAAGUCCAAUUAUCAUUAAUUGUUAAUUUUUGAGCAAUCAAAAGAGUCUAAUGAAUAUUAAAUAUAACUAAUUGAAACAAAAACUAAA